AUGGUUCCUUUGAAAGUUUUAAAGUCGAUAUUUAAGUAUAGUUCAUCGACUGGUUCGAGAUCGCAAAAUGCUAUCAUCCAACUAGGAGGAACUGAUGGAUAUGUAACAGGAAUCGUUAUUUUCAUUAUUGGAGUUGUUUUCAUUCUGAUUAUAUGUAUAUACCUGCUUACUUUCCGCACAGAGAAGCAAAACAGAACAUCUGCCACGCGGCGGUUCCCAGUUUUUAUCAGUGAUGGUGAAAAGAGACCAAUCAAAUGUCGAAAAUUGAGGAAAUCAUCGAGUAAAUUGCGUUUAACCAAAUCACACAAGUUGCUGGAAGUCAACAGAAAAUGGUCAGCAAUGUACAGCUCGGAAAACUCAGAGGGUGAAGAAGCUGGAGUCACUGGAACAUUUCCUUUUGGGCGUUUAUCAGUCAAAAGAGAGAGAAAGGUCAGCUUUAGAGACAGCUUACAGGAUGUGUAUUAUAUUGAGAGCAAGGAAGAAGUGAAGAGACUUGAAAAACUAAACAACAUGGGUUAUAACGUGGCUAUCACAAGGCCAUUAUGUUCCGCGCACCAUCAUUCGAGUAACAUAACUCUUAAAAAUGCGGUCUGCGAAGAGAAACAAACGGUUUCGUACCCAGUCAUAUGUUCAACCAUAACCGAUAACUAUAUCUUCAAAAGAAAGUUUGACAAUUCCAAAAGUUUAAAGGAAAGUUGCCAGAAAGCUACAGAAUUAGAAACCAAAGAUAACAUGCUUCUUAGCAACAAGAAGAGCGUGAUCAGCAACCAGGUUUUAAAAGAUGAAGGACGAUUCCAAUUGACACCCUUGUUACCCGAGAGUUAA